UGAAGCACGAGCGGGAUUACACCCUCCACCUUCCUGUGGUCUGAACAUGUCUUUGAGGAGUAAAAAACUCGCUGGGAUUGUUGCGUUCAUCUCAUCCGUGCUGCUCGGCUCCUGUGGGACAGAUGGAGAAGAGGUGUGUGACAGUCCACUAGUGGCCAGUCUGCCGCCAUCAUCCUUCAGGAGCUCUUCUCAGCUGUCCAGCAGUCACGGGCCAGUGUUUGCUAAAGUCAACAGAAGAGAAGGAGCUGGAGGCUGGUCUCCUCUGCUGUCAGAUAAAUACCAGUGGUUGGAGGUGGAUCUGGAGAGACGGACCCAAAUCACUGCUGUCGCCACACAGGGCCGCUACGGCAGCUCUGAUUGGCUGACGGCCUACCUGUUGAUGUUCAGUGACACAGGGCACAACUGGAGACAGUACCGGCAGGAAGACAGCUUAGGGUCUUUUCCAGGUAACAGUAACGCUGACUCUGUGGUCCAAUAUAAACUUGAGCAGCCAGAGAUCGCACGCUACCUUCGCUUGGUUCCUCUGGACUGGAGCCCCAAUGGAAGGAUUGGACUCCGGCUGGAAAUAUACGGCUGCAGAUACAUCUCCGAUGUGUCGAGCUUUGAUGGCAGCAGCAGCUUUGUCUACAGACUGAGCGUCAGAACGAGCUGGAUGGCCGUGGAGAUCAUCUCUCUGAAGUUUAAAACCCUCCAGAAUUCAGGGACGCUGCUGCAUGCAAAGGGACAAAGAGAUCACAGCUUAAAUCUGGUGCUGGAGAAAGGAAAGCUGCUCCUUUAUCACCAGCAAGAUGUGAGUUCAGCUUCUGGUGGUAAACUUCUCGUUUCUCUGGGAAGUCUGCUCGAUGACCAACACUGGCACUUUGUAAAGCUGGAACGGAUCAGCGCUCUCCUCAAUCUGACUGUGGAUAAAAACACACAGCAAGUUCACCUACCAGCUGAGCUCAGCCACUGGCACAUUCAUACGCUGAGUGCUGGAGCUGCCCAGAACCACGGACUGCAGAAACCCAUUCUGCCCAACAGGAACUUUCACGGCUGCAUGGAAAACCUGCUUUACAAUGACCUCAAUCUGAUCAAACUGGUCAAACAGAGCAGCCCACAUGUCACUGCAGUGGGCAGCAUGACCUUUUCCUGUACUGAGCCUGUUUCAGUCGCUGUGACGUUCACUGACUCUAACAGCUUCCUCCAGCUGCCUGGCCUAACAUCAUGGUCAUCAGGGAUCGUUUCUGUAGCCCUGCAGUUCAGGACGUGGAACAAAGCAGGGCUCAUCCUGACUUUUGCUCUUCAAAACCAAGAGGGCUCAAUUUUUCUGUACCUCAGUGAAGCCAGGCUUCGUUUCCAAUUGAGUAAAACUGAUAGGUCACUCCUGGAGCUCAGUGCAGGCUCAGGUCUGAAUGAUGGUCAGUGGCAUUCUGUGGAGUUGACCGCCAGAGAAAAUCAUCUGAGCAUCACGGUGGACAAAGAUGAAGGAGCCACAGCUCAAACCAGCUUCCCUCUUCCUCCAGCUUCAGGAAGUCAGCUCUACUUUGGUGGUUGUCCUGCUCAAAGUGUGGAGUGCAGAAACCCAUCGGAGGUGUUUCUGGGAUGCAUGCGGCUCUUGACUCUAAACAACCAACCUGUUGACCUGAUCAAAGUGCAGCAAAGACUGCUGGGAAACUACAGCCACCUGCAGAUUGACAUGUGUGGCAUCAUUGACAGGUGUUCUCCCAGCCACUGCGAACAUGGAGGUAGAUGCACUCAGUCGUGGAGUACCUUCCACUGCAACUGCUCCACCAGUGGCUACAGAGGAGCCACCUGCCACAGCUCCAAACAUGAACUGUCUUGUGAGAUGUACAAACACAAAGGCAACACAUCAGGACUUUAUUUCAUAGAUGUGGACGGCAGUGGACCAGUUAAACCUCAGCUUGUUUACUGUAACAUGACAGAGGAUAAGACAUGGGUUGUGAUCCAACACAAUAACACAGAACUGACAAGAAUUCAGUCCUCCUCUGACAGAAAUCAACACUUUGCCCAUUUUGACUACUCCUCUGAAGAGGAGCAGCUUGCAUCCAUCAUCAGUCAGUCGGAGCGUUGUGAGCAGGAGCUGUCGUUCCACUGCAGGAGGUCCCGCCUCUUCAACUCUUUGGAUGGUGCUCCAUUUAGCUGGUGGGUGGGUGGUCCAGGCGCAGGUCAGAUCCAGAAUUACUGGGGCGGAGCUCUGCCUGGCAGCCGGCAGUGUGCGUGCGGUCUGAAGGACAACUGUCUGGACUCCAGUUUCUACUGCAACUGUGAUGCUGACUACGACCAGUGGACCGAUGACUCAGGCCUGCUCACCCAUAAGGAGAGCCUUCCUGUCAGGUCUCUGGUUUUGGGUGACAUCCAGCGUUCUAGAUCAGAGGCUGCCUACAAGGUGGGACCACUGCGCUGUCAUGGAGACAAGAACUUCUGGAACGCUGCAUUUUUUGACAAGGAAACGUCCUACCUUCACUUUCCUACUUUUCAUGGCGAGCUGAAUGCAGACAUCUCUUUUCUGUUUAAAACAACAUUCUCCUCCGGAGUCUUCCUUGAAAAUCUUGGCAUCAAGGACUUCAUACGAAUAGAACUCAGCUCUUCUACAGAGGUUGUCUUCUCGUUUGAUGUGGGAAAUGGACCUCGAGAAGUAAAAGUUAAAACAAGUGGCCCGCUGAACGACAACGAGUGGCACGGUGUGCGAGCUGAGCGAAAUGUGAAGGAGGCGUCGCUACGUGUGGAUGAAUUCCCCGCUACCACGCAGGAAGCUCCUGCUGAUGGACUAAUUCAUCUACAGCUCAACAGUCAGUUAUUUAUAGGAGGCACUGCUUCAAGACAGAAAGGUUUUUUGGGUUGCAUCCGCUCCUUGCAGCUGAACGGGGUCACUCUGGACCUGGAGGAGAGGGCGAAGAUAACGCCUGGAGUCCGACCUGGAUGCCCGGGCCAUUGUAGCAGCUACGGCAAGCUCUGCCAAAACCAUGGGAUUUGUGUGGAAAAAACUAAUGGGUUCUCCUGUGACUGCAGCCAGUCUGCCUUUACUGGGGUCUUCUGUCAAACAGAAUUUUCUGCCAGCUUUGAGUCUACAACAUCCAUCACCUAUAUCGUCAAAGACCCAUAUGAGCAUAGCAGGAACAGCAGCACCAUGCCCUCAUCCAUCGACUCUGGUAUCACACUGAGAGAAGAAAACAUCUCUUUGAGCUUCAGGACCAGUCAAAGUCCCACUCUGCUGCUCUACGUCAACUCUUUCCACAGAGAGUACCUGAUCCUGCUCAUCAAUAAACACGGUGAGCUGGAAAUAAGGUACAAGUUGCACAGCAGCAGAGAUGCCGAGGUGUUGAGCAGCAAAGUCAUGAACUUAGCUGAUGGGCGUCUCCAUGCAGUGACAGUCAGGCGACACGCAGACGCUGUGUUUGUGCAGAUCGACCAAAACGCCAGAGAGGACUUUAACGUGACAUCUGACGUGGAAUUCAACAGCAUCAAAUCAGUUGUUCUUGGCACGGUGUCAGAGUCUGAAGAAUUGGACCCGGAUCUCUCUUGGCUGGGCUCUCUCAGAUUCACUGGAUGCCUGUCAGGUGUUCGAUUUAACUCCAUCUGUCCUCUGAAAGCUGCUCUCCUCCAACCUGACAGCCGGGUUAUUGUCACCAGCCCUCUGGUCCAAUCAAGCUGUGCUAUCUCAUCUCAAGCUGAUCCCUUUGCAGCAGGAACAACACACUCCUUAUCAGACCAGCCUGGGUCAGUGGAUCCCAGUCAGCCUUUAGUCAACGUCAUCAGGAGCGACUCAGCUCUAAUUGGAGGCGUGAUCGCAGUGGUGAUUUUUGUCACCAUGUCGGCAUUAGCAGUCAUGGCCAGAUUCAUCUGCACCAGGAAAGAGACGUUUCGGAACCACGAAGUAAAAGCUGUGCAGCCAGAAGACAGCCAUGAGUUCCCGUUCAGCAGCCAGGCCGACUCUUUGGGUGCAAACCAAAAGGAGUUUUUUAUUUAG